AUCACUAGAAAAUAUGAAAAACAUUGGCUGAAAUUAUAGAAACAACGUGCAAAUUGGCGUUUUAAAUAAAGAGUAUUUCUAUUAGGACGGUGUGCGUGUUGUGCGGUGAUUGUUCGGGGCAGUUUACGAAGCUAGCGAGUGGCGUCGGCAGGCACCAAAAUGCCAGGAAAAGUGGGCGUCAAAAUAAAAGCUGCGCGUAAUCUGCCAGUGAUGGACAAGAGCAGCGAGACAACGGAUGCCUUUGUGGAAAUUAAGCUGGCUAACAAAGAGCACAAAACGGAGGUGUUUCGGAAAAGCUUGAAUCCCACAUGGAAUACCGAUUGGUUUCGCUUUGAAGUUGACGACGCAGAGCUACAGGAUGAACCGCUGCAAAUUCGGCUAAUGGACUAUGACACAUACUCAGCAAAUGAUGCGAUUGGCAAGGUGAACAUAAGUCUCAAUCCACUUUGUCUGGAGAGCUCUAGUCAGUCGACCCAUGGCAAGGGCAUCGUGCUCUCUGGGUGGAUACCGGUCUUCGACACAAUGCACGGAAUACGCGGUGAAAUAAACAUAAUUGUGAAGGUGGAUCUGUUCUCCGAUGCCAACAAGUUUCGCCAGAGCUCUUGUGGUAUUCCCUUCUUUCAUUCACAAUGUGUUCCCUUUGGUUAUCGUGCUCAAGUCAUCCAUGGUUUUGUCGAGGAACUGGUGGUUAAUGAUGAUCCAGAGUAUCAGUGGAUCGACAAGAUCCGCACACCACGCGCUUCCAACGAGGCACGACAGGUUGUCUUCCUCAAGCUCUCUGGCCAGGUGCAGCGCAAAAUGGGAUUAAAGGCCAUUAACAUGGGCGCCAAUGCAGUCAUCGGCUAUACGCAGUGCUUUGAUCUAGAAGGUGAUGUUGGAGUUGUGGCACGUGGUGUCGGCACAGCUGUCACCCUAAUCAAGGACACCAGCACCAGUCAGCCAAACAGUGCAGACAUAGCCCUCAUCGAAGAAGUCCAAAAAUAUUUAGAUUUUCUCAACUGCACCAGUGGCAGCAGCGCUAGCCUCCCACUGUCCGGCAGAUCACCUCAAUAUCGUCUUAAUAUAUACAAGCAGCCCAGUCUUAGCUCGCCCAGUUCGGCGGCGGCAGCAGCAGCAGCGGCAGCAACGUUGUUCUACUUGGAAAGCGGCAGUAGCGAUACGGAGGAUGCGGAUGUUAUGCAAAAUCUCCUGAGGCAGGAGGAUGAACGUGGCGAGAGAACACGAGAGAAAAGGUUGCGACAUCGCAUGCACCGUAUGACUUUGUCGUCGCGGAAUGUGUUUAGCGAGAAGUACGCAACGCUUUUGCGGCGCAUCGAGCCCAAGAUACCGGAGAAUGCCACGCAAUCGCUAAGCAAUAUAUUCAGCGGAGUCGGAUCAAGCACAAAGCGUCGCCGUAAGUCGCGCAACGCAAUGGGCAAACGAGCACCGCAAGCCAUAACACGCUCGAUUAGCGAUGACACGGGCGCUGGGCCAUCUAUGUGUCAACUGGCAGUUCCACGACUGCCCGUGUACCAGGAGAAUACACGCUCAGCGCCGGAUCUGGAAAUGGAUGCCUUUCAGCGUAAGUCCACGUGCUCCACGGACUCAUCGGACUCGUUGUCUAUAAUUGAAAUACUUGCCCCAGGCAUUGACAGUGCAGCAGCAGCAGCAGCAGCAGAAGGCGACUCAAGUGACGAGGAGCUGAAACAGCUGCAAGCCUUCAAAGAUGAUGAUGAACUGCAGGAUAACUGGAUUAAGCCGGGCGAGACGCGCAGCUGUGAGAGCCAGCUCGAUUUGACGCCCAAGCGACACACGCUGCUCGAGGACCUGAAGGGUUUCUCGCGUCGUCUCCAACAACUGAUGCAUCUGACACCCAAGCAGCCAGUCCAACGGAAACGUUCCCUGCUGCUGGCCGCUGCUGCACUCGAGCCGUCUAUGGAACGCAAAUCGUAUUACAGCUCACAGCCGGAACUGCCCACAAGCAGCGCACUCGACUGGCCCUGUGCAGACCUGAGUGCAUUUGCAUCCAUGCUGCAGCUGAAUCACUUGCCCAGCUACGAAUCCAAUUUGCAACGCUGUGCUUCGCUUUCGCACUUCGCAAGCGUUAGAUCUCUAGAUGUUGCACCAUUAGUAAAGUUUGAUUCCCGUGCAUUACCAACGACACCGCCAUCAGUACCUCCAGUAGCCCAAGAAGUAAUUCAAGAAUAUCCGAACACGUUGCUGCCAGUUGCGCCCGUUGUCUGCAUUUGCCCAUCGACCCCAACCCCAACAGAAUCCGAAAAUAGCUCACAGCAGUCGCGUGCUUUUGAUUAUUAUGAUCCACCCGAUUUCGAACUAGACCAUGUUGUAAAUAUCUCUAAUAGUACUAACCAUAGUAACAACAAUAAUGAAUCAUCAUUGCUUGCUCCAUGCUAUUCUGUUUCGCCAUUUGCCAUACCAAACCAACAACAACGCUCAACUAGGUCCAGCAGCGAGCUUCAGCAACAGCAACAGCAGCAACAGCAACAGCAACAACAACAGCAGCAGCAGCAGCAACAACAGCAGUCACAGCAACAACAACAACAGUCGACACCACAGGGCGUGCUCAUACCCACCACAAUUGCGUCGAUCGAGAAUAGUUCGAAUGGUAAAAAGCUGGCAUCGCCGGUUACCAGCAAUCGGUCAAAGCUAACGCCCAGUCCCUCCAAGAGCGGCAUUUCGGGUGGCACAAAUGCGGACAGUGCAUCCACAUCGACUACUUCGACGGCCACAACAAUGGUGCAGGUCAAGGAAGUGAGUGAGAUCUGCCGUCGUUCGUCCGACUCCGAUCUGAGUGUCACGCCCAAAGGCAUAGCCUAUGCAUUGCAUCGUAAGCGUAACUCCGUUUGCGUGGCUAGCGAGCGACUGGCGGCGGCCACGGCUAUGAUGCGUUUGAACACACCCACCGUGGGCAGCAAGACAACCGACAGUCUGGACAUGCUGGAGUAUCCGUUCUUAACUAUGACCAAGUAUCCAACUGGGUUCAUCCUGCACCUGGGCGCCACUGUGGCAGCACGGUCCGUUAAACUCCUGGAACGUGUACCCAAUCCCGAUGAGCCGGAGGUGCGUGACAGCUGGUGGACGGAGCUGCGCAUGGAAAUUCGCUCACAUGCCCGCUCUUUGGGCUGCAACGUGGUGCUGGGCUACGCGGAGUCCACAAGCAUAUCCGACGAUGUGUGUGUUUUGUCAGCUACUGGAACCGCUGCAGUUAUUAACAUGGUCUUCAAUCGGUCUAUUUCGCAAACGGACAUCUUCGCCAUAUCAAAGGUAACCAAUAAUGUGACCGCCAUGUCCAACUCCAUGGAGGAUCGAGAGGCAAAUGGCAGCGCUGGUGAAGCAGCAGCCUCUGUCAAGGACGGCAGCUCGCAGGGUACUGCCAACGGCUCGGCUAGUAAACGCUUCGGCUUUCCAAAUCAAGGUUCCCAACGUAACACCUGUGCCAUCUGCCACGUGCCGUACAAUUUGGGCAACGUACCCUUUAAUAUCAAGAUGAAGAAGUGCGCUAUCUGCCGCAAGGGCCGAGUGCCGGAUGUUCUGUUGGCCACACUGGAAGUGCCGGAAUAUAUGCAGGUGACUGGACGUGGCUGCUUCAUGCAGGCUCAGGUGGUGCGCGCCAAGAGGGAUCUGCGCGCCGAACUGAAUGCCAAAGAGAUUUCCGAUGGAUUGCCCUUUCUGGAGUACGAGCUACAUCGUGUGUUGAUCAAUAAACUGAAGGCGAAAGGCAUGAAUGCCAUUUUUGGACUGCGCACCCAGGUGGCCAUUGGCGAACGCAUGAUAGCAUUAAUUGCCACGGGUACGGCACUAUUUUUGACUGCAUUGCCCGUGCCGAUGGUGCCAAAAAUAAUGGCCGGUAACUCGUGGACGGACAAGCAGAAGCUCAACGAGCUCCAGAAGAAAUUGCAGGAGACAUUUGAGCGCAACCAAGAGAUCUAUCAGCUAAAGAAUAUGGAUCCCGAUUUGGCUAGCAUCAGUGGCGGAGCAGGCGGCGAUAAGCAAUCAGAUACGGAUGAUUCCGAUGAUGAGGAAAUGAAUGAAAUCGAUUUGAACUGCGGCAACAAAGAGCUCUGUGUACUUGAGGUAGAUGAUAUCGAGGACCUGGAAAUCAUUUCACUACUCAUGGAACCAUAUCCACCCGAGGGCUUCCAUGUGGUUAACACACAGCAGGUGCCCGGCAUGCAGGAGCUGGAUGCUGUUAAAAACCUUCAAAUGUUUACGCAAGUAUGGCGAGCUCGCCUCGACGUGGGACAGAGCGUCAAUGGAUUCCCCAAGCACUUUCAGCGACUUCUGCAGACGAUAUAUUUCAAGCUGCGCACAAUGAUACCCUGUGCAAUAUGCGAUCUACGCUUUAGACUGGAUUUGCCUGAAACGGACCAAAUCCAAUUACUUGUCACCGGCAUGGCCAUGGGCUUGAGCGAUGGCAAUAAAAUGAAAUACCGUCGCCGGGCACCGGCGGCCGCACAAUUACCAAAUGGUUCGAGUGAUGCAGCACCGGCUGUUCACGAAACUCAAUCCCAGCCGGAGAUGAAUGGUAAGCGCAUGCUGCAAGAAGAGGAUUACAUAUUUCCACUGGACGAAGAUCAAAUGGUUGAUACACCCACGCCAACCAGCUCGGCCAUUCCUCCCUUUGGCAUGAGCUCUUUCAAAGUGCGAAAGACUUCGCCAUCGCGACUCUCUAAUCUGAUGACACCCUCCCCUGCACCAAAACUAAUAAAUAUAGGCGCGCCGCCACGCAGUCGCUACUCUCCACUUCGCGAUCGUUAUGGCGUAGACCUGACACCACUUAGCUUCAUACCGGGUGGUCGUAUUGACAAGUAUUUGGGCAAUCUGAACUUCUUCUUCAUUAGGGAGAGCACCUCAAUACGAGAGAACGGCGGCAUUAGCGGAUUUGUGCAUAGUUUCAUUACCGAACUGCUGGCAGUUGUGCGCGCCCAUAUUGCUUCGCUGGGCGGCAAUGCAAUGGUCUCAUUCUAUUUGACCGAACUCAUUUUGUUCGACAAUCAGCACAAGAAUCAGGGACAGUGUCUGAUUAGCAUUGGCGGUGAUGCAGUAUAUGUCAACUACUUUGCCGACGACUGAUACAACCGAUUGCGGGGCAUAUAGCGCCAGUUCUUCGCGAAUCGUCCAAGAAGUCUUUACUACUGAAGAAGCCCCGGUUUUGCUCUCUGAAUUUUUCUCUCUUCCUCUACUUCACUCUGGAUGCCAACUCUUAGUAGUUUUUGGCUCUCUAACUCGGCGUUGUAUGGGUCAAUAGUGUGAGGAUCCCAUGUAGAAGCGCUGUUUACUUAAAUAUACAUAUAGUAGUUGUACUGGUGCAUACUACUGUGUCGUCUAUCAAAUUGAAAUCAUGCAAUAUUUGAACUGUGACUUGACGUUCAAGAUGUAGGAUGAAUUUUUCAUGUAUUGUUAUUUGUUUGCUUAAUGUUUAAAAAUUAGCUACUCGCAAUUAUCAUGACCGUAGUUUGUACAUAGCCGAGAUGUUUAUUAAAUUUACAUUUUGAUAGAUAAUUUGAUGCCUUCAGCUGUGAGGCAUAGCUCUUAGCAAUUAUACAGUAUACACAGCGAAGUGUAAUUAAUUUUGGCAAAACAAAAGUCAGCCAAUAACUUAUGUAACAUAUAUACAUAUAUUAUAUCUAAUACUAAAUAAUAUGCAAUCUUUGAAAUUAGAAUCCAAAAAGUAUCCAACA